AUGCCUGCAAUCUUUUUUAAGAGAUUCUGGGGCACUGUAGGAGAGCAAGUAACCAAGGAGGUGCUCAAGGUGUUGAGAGGUGGUGAGAUGCCUGAAGAGUGGAACAACACCAUGAUAGUUCUGAUUCCAAAAACAACUAGACCAGAGAGAUUGAAGGAUUUGCGACCCAUCAGCCUCUGCAAUGUGGUCUACAAACUAAUAUCAAAGAGGAAGAGGGGUGGAAGAGUAAGUUAUGCUGCUAUCAAACUUGACAUGAGCAAGGCUUAUGAUCGAGUUGAAUGGAAGUUCUUGCAAGGAAUCAUGUUGAAACUCGGUUUCAAUAGAAGUUGGGUGCAGCUCGUGAUGAAUUGUGUGACAACGGUGAAAUACCAAAUCAAAGUUAAUGGGGACGUCACAGAGAUAAUUAUUCCUGAGAGGGGGCUUCGUCAAGGUGGCCCUCUCUCUCCAUAUCUCAUUCUUUUAUGCGCUGAGGGCUUCUCAGCCAUGUUACAAAAUGCUGAGAUGAAUGGGAGGUUGAAAGGAAUCAAAUUAUGUAAUACAGCCCCAAGCAUAAGUCAUCUUCUUUUUGCAGAUGAUUCACUUCUUCUCUUAGAAGUAAAUGCCGACAACAGUCGCGAGCUUAAUCAAAUUCUGGACUCCUAUGAAGCUUGCUCGGGCCAGGCUAUAAAUAAGGAAAAGUCAGCCAUCUUGUUCAACAAGAAUACAAAGCUGGAGGACAAAGAGGAGCUCAUGAAUCAGCUAAAUAUUGCUAUAGAAGGCUUCUCCGGAAAAUAUUUGGGUUUACCAUGCUAUAUUGGUAGAUCAAAAACCAAAGCUUUUGAAUAUAUCAAGGAAAAAGUAUGGAAAAGGUUACAAGGUGGGAAAGAAAAAUUGCUCUCAAAGGCCGGUAAGGAAGUCCUCAUCAAAGCUGUAGCGCAAGCAAUCCCUGUUUAUGCGAUGGCAUGUUUUGACCUCACCAAAUCUGUGUGUGAAGAUGUCAGCUCAAUGAUUGCGAGGUUUUGGUGGAGUCAAUUGGAUAAAGAAAAUAAAAUCCACUGGGUUGGAUGGGACAAGCUCACAAAACCCAAAAAUGAUGGAGGGCUGGGAUUUAGAGACCUAUAUUCUUUCAACUUAGCUAUGUUGGCAAGGCAGGCUUGGAGAAUGCUACAAAACCCAUCUUCCCUAUGCGCUCAAGUGAUGGCUGCUAAAUACUAUCCAAAUCAGAAUCUGUUACAAGCGAGGCCAAGAGAUGGCAUUUCAUAUAGUUGGAGAAGCAUUUUGAAAGGAGUGCAGGUGUUGCAAAGUGGAAUCAUAUGGAGAGUAGGAGAUGGACGCAAUAUCAAUAUAUGGGCAGAUCCUUGGCUACCAAGGGGUGUUUCUAGGAGAGUAACAUCUCAGCAAGGUAGCCAUGUUAUCACAAAUGUUUCAGAUUUGAUUGACCCUACCUCUGGCACAUGGGAUUUACAACUGAUUGAUCAAACUUUCAACAAAGAAGAUGUAGAGGUAAUUGUCCAAAUUCCGAUCCGAGAGGGUGCUAAGGACACUCCUGCCUGGCAUUUUGACAAAAAGGGUAUAUUUUCAGUAAAAUCUGCAUAUCAAGUAGUGUUGGAAAACCAAGCCAGGAACUCUGCACAUGGUGGAGCUUUGUCAUCAAGUAAGAAUGAUCAGCAUAGGAUAACAUUUUGGAAGAAACUAUGGACGUUGCCCUUGCCCAACAAGAUCCUGCACUUCCUAUGGCGACUGGCCCAUUAUAGCUCACCUCUAAGAAUGAAACUACAGAAUAGAGGAAUGGAAGUGGAUACAAGAUGUCCACUAUGCCAUCGAAUGGAUGAAGAUGGAGGAGCAGGGAGUUUGGAAAAUGUUGUUGAACCACUACAAGCUGAAGCUCUGGCCAUGCUCUAUGCUGUGAAUGAAGCGUCAAGAAUGGGGUGCCAAAAAGUCAUCUUAGAGACGGAUGCAGUUGCUCUAAAGCAGGCGAUUACAAGCGACCUGUACGACUACUCAAGCCUAGGCGUGCUGUUUAAAGAGAUAAGAGCAGUGUUGCAAUCAGCUUUUCAAUCUUGUAAAGUAGAAACCUGCUCACGGGCAUGUAAUAUUUCUGCACACUGUUUAGCUGCUCAUGGUGUAUGCAUGGAGCGGAAGAGCUAUCAGAUUUGGCUUGAUCCGUUUCCGAGCCAUGUAAAAAAACUUGUCGCUGGGGAGUCCAGCUUGCCUGGGUAA